UCUGAAAGGCCGGUCCCCUGCGAGUGAUUCCGGUUCCGGUUGCCGCCUCCCUGGCAGUCGAGCGGCGGGUGUGAGACGAUGGUGGCGAAGCAGCGGAUCCGGAUGGCCAACGAGAAGCACAGUAAAAACAUCACCCAGCGCGGCAACGUAGCGCGGAGCACCCGGCCCCUACAGGAGGAGAAGGCCCCGGUCGCUCCCUGGUUGUUGGCUCUCUUCGUAUUUGUGGUGUGUGGAUCAGCGAUUUUCCAGAUUAUUCAGAGUAUCCGGAUGGGAGCUUGAAGGAUGGUCCAGCUGGUGGGAACAAUUUUCCGUGCGCCCACUGCUGAUUCCUCUCUCGCUCUCUCUCUCUCUCUCUCAGAAUCCAACUAAUUCCUGAACAACAAACCUCUUGUCUUACAAUGUUAGUGACAUCAACAACAAAUCUGAAUCUGCAGUCAGUAUUCCCCAGUGAUAAGCAAGGCGGGUGCACCUUCUAGACAGUGAUAUAUAAAUAUAUAUAUAUAUAUAUAUAUAUAAAAAUAUAAUGUAACUUAUAGAAUUAAAGCAAAAUUAAUUCCUCUGGCAAUCUGAGCAGCACACAUAUUCCAACUGUUGGAUGCUGUUUUAAUUGACCACUUUUCCUUGCCCUGUAAGCACAAGGCUGCCCCAACUCGUUCUUGACCAGUGCUGGGUGUACCUGCUCCAGGAUCACUGGCAGUGUUAACCCUGGUCCUUGGUUCUUUUCUGUGUGGUAGCCUGGUUUUGUCUUGGAGUUGGCCUCUGCUGGAGCCUUACCUGGGCUUUUCUCUGCUGUGACCACAAGUCAGUCAAUGUCUCCCACACCUUGUUGUACAACUUCUGCCAUUGAAGAGACAUGGGACUGACUGAAGGAAUGGGAACACCACCGUUUCGUUUGAAAGCCUUGCCAGUCCAAUCAGGUUAUUUAUGCAUUUAGUCUUAUUUGAAGGGUACAAUUUGGCAGGUUUUAUUCCCACAUUUAGUCUGGAACUUUAGAAGGAAAUGGGAACAAGAUAUGAUAUAAAUCUGCAUGCUGGCUUUAUACAUAAACCUAGCACUGUAGUACUCCUGUAGACUGAUACUUUCUGACCCUGCACUAUAGGGGAGAUGGCAGGCUGCUCACACUGCCUCUCCACACUGGGUUACUGUGGACCACCUUCCUACAGGGACUGUCAGAUCCCCUUUCGGGCACAAGAACUAACUGGUUUUGGAAGGUGCUGGAUCACUGCAGAUUUGUUUAUUCAUCUCCCAUGUGCAGUGCAUCAUUCCCUCUCCCUAGCACUCAUCCCAGAUGCAGCGGGAGAUGAUCUCUUGGGACCAAUCCAUGACCAACUCGACUGACCCGUUUAGUGAAAGGACCUAGUUCCAUCAUUCAUCCCCGCCCCAAACACAGCAAGUUUUUGUCGUAGGACCACUGACCAGUCAGGUUCACCUUCCUCUGCACAUUCACGUGGCACCAUCUGUCUCCAAUGGGGCACCUCUACACCGCGCUAUAAGCAGCCCUCUUGUGUGUUCUUGGCCAUUGUUGCAGGAGGUUUAACUCUACUGCAUCUGUGUUGUCCCUGUCCUGGGAAUGUGUGAUGGGACGGUGCGGAGUGAGCUUCAUCUGUGUCUGACCCCAGGAGUGUGUGAUGGGACGGUGUGGAGGGAGCUUCACUCUGUAUCUAACCUGUGCCAUAUCUCCGCUUGAUUGUUUCAGUACAAGUAUUUUUAUAACUAAAAGAAAAUUGAGUUGUUGAACUGAUAAUUAUUUCUGUAAAUUUUUGUGUUCAUAGAUGCAAGGAAUAUUUCCACUAGAGAGUGAAAAUCUUUGCAUUUUAGACCCUCUGUAGGCAGUCCUCCCAGCUGAGGUAUAACUUCUGAUGCAGACUAAAGUUGCCUCUGUCCUGUCCUACCUUGUGCCUUCCUGCACUGGUGUGGCAUUGCUUGCUGCUUCCCACACCAGCAGUCCUGUGGUCUCUAUAGGAUGGAAGUUCAAUGGAAUCGUCACAAGGGGUUGAUUCUCCAGCUGUGGCGAUUAUAGUGACGUUGUGUGGUGUUCUGGGCUGAUCUCUAAUUUACACCCAGCACUCUGGAGAUCAUUGAACUCUGACCAAACUGACAACCCAUUAGUGGUUUGGAGAGCAAGGGCUCAUUGACUCACCACGAGCUGCCUGUUGUUGUCACCACAGUACAGCCACUCUGACAGGAUUGGAGAGGUGGACUGUGUUGAUUUUUGAUCACUGAAGUAACCAGCCCUUCAUCCAGUCUGACUUGCAACACACUGUCUUAACCUGUCACCAAGGAACUGCAGACCUCCACCAUUGGGAGCCCUGGUUGCUCUGUGGCUCGGUGAAGAGAGGAUCGGAGAGCAAACAUGUCACAUCUCAGUUAACCCAUGUGCCAGUUCCAGUUGUACCUCUGUUGUGACAACCAGCAACCAGGGGUUGAAAUUUCCCCCAGUAUUUGGGCCCAGCUCUAGGCUGGAUCACACCUCUUCCACUGCUUGUUAGACUAGAGUCUCGGCGGAACUGUUGCAACAUCGUGGCGUGGCUCCCAGCACUGCGUGGUAUUGCACAGAACAUCCUGAGAAUAAACCUCUUGUUCUGGUGCUUGCCUGCAGUCAGAGGGGUUGUGCUGCCCUCCAAACUGAGACUGUGCCGUCGCCCACACCCUGCUGUACAAUCCUUGCGCUGAUUACAAGCCUCUUUCAAAUUAGUUCAUCUCCCAGUGGUCUCUGCCUCAGGUCUACUGGCAUUUGGUUUGAAUUUUACAUUUAAGUUCCCAAACCCUAAAAAGUGAAUUUUGUACUCACUGCUUUUGCAAUCCUGUAAAAGUUGUACUUACAGCAAUAAAAGUAUGUACCUGUCUCAUUGUAAA